CAGAAUACGCGCUAGGCACCAUCCGCCCCUCCCGAGUCCUGACCCCUCAAUCGAAAAAAGAGGAAAAUAGUUAAAAGCUCAGUGGGCAUCGUGGUGUGUCCAUUUCCAAGCUCUUUUAUUUUUCCAAAUCUGAGUGGAAGGAUAAGGUGGUGCACCACCCAACUGGCCAGUGACCACCUCCCACCUUCAGUAAAAUUCAGACCCCAAGCUGUCAUUUCACCUCUACCGGCCACACUAAAGCAUUAAAAACUCCUCCCAAACAAUUUCUUCAACCUUUACUUCUCUCCAUCCAAUCAUCUUCCCGUACUGUGCCCACUUCUACUCUCCGGUCUCCUCUCCACCCGGAAAAUAAAGAAAAAAACCAUUAACAACGAUAAUACUGGCCGCGGGAAGCCAUGACAAAACUCAGAUAGAGUAGAGAGUGUCUCUUGCAACAAAAUUCUCUUCUUGUUGUGGUUGUAAUAAUAGAAACACAGAGAGAGAGAGAGAGAGAGAAUUUAGCUUUGUUAUCUUGUUGUUUGAAUUUUUUUGCUGAUUAGGUGACCAUGGCUUCUUCCACUUGUUUUUCUACUACACUGACCGGAAGGCGAAACGGGUUUAGUGAGAUGAUUGGAUUCUCAGUUCGCCGUCCGAUGGUUCUUAAGGACGGAAAGAUUCAAUUGAAGACGCAGAGACUGGAAGUUCGUUCGUCUUUGGACACGAAUGUCUCUGAUAUGAGCAUCAACGCUCCCAAAGGGUUGUUUCCACCGGAGCCUGAGCAUUAUAGGGGACCAAAGUUGAAAGUUGCUAUCAUUGGAGCUGGACUUGCGGGUAUGUCAACUGCAGUGGAGCUUUUGGAUCAAGGCCAUGAGGUUGAUAUAUAUGAAUCAAGGUCUUUCAUUGGUGGCAAAGUGGGAUCUUUUGUGGACAAGCACGGAAACCACAUUGAGAUGGGUCUACAUGUUUUCUUUGGCUGCUAUAAUAACCUUUUCCGUUUGAUGAAAAAGGUGGGUGCAGAUAGAAAUCUUCUUGUUAAGGAUCAUACUCAUACUUUUGUAAAUAAAGGGGGCCAAAUUGGAGAGCUUGAUUUUCGGUUUCCGGUUGGAGCACCAAUACAUGGAAUCCGUGCUUUUUUGGCAACAAAUCAGCUUAAGACUUAUGAUAAGGCAAGGAAUGCAGUGGCUCUUGCCCUAAGUCCAGUUGUCCGGGCUCUUGUUGAUCCAGAUGGUGCAAUGAUGGACAUAAGGAACUUGGAUAAUGUUAGCUUCUCUGAUUGGUUUCUGUCCAAAGGUGGUACACGAAUGAGUAUCCAGAGAAUGUGGGAUCCUGUUGCUUAUGCCCUGGGAUUUAUUGACUGUGAUAAUAUCAGUGCCCGUUGCAUGCUCACUAUAUUUUCAUUGUUUGCAACCAAGACAGAGGCUUCCUUACUCCGCAUGCUCAAGGGUUCUCCUGAUGUUUACUUGAGUGGUCCUAUCAGAAAGUACAUUAUGGACAAAGGGGGCAGGUUUCAUCUCAGGUGGGGAUGCAGAGAGAUACUUUAUGAUAAGUCUGCUGAUGGUGAUUUAUAUGUUACUGGACUUGCCAUGUCUAAGGCCACGCAGAAGAAAAUAGUGAAAGCAGAUGCCUAUGUAGCAGCAUGUGACGUCCCUGGAAUCAAAAGAUUACUUCCACCACAAUGGAGGGAAUUGGAAUUUUUUGAUAAAAUAUAUAAACUAGUUGGAGUGCCUGUUGUCACUGUGCAACUUAGAUACAAUGGUUGGGUUACAGAGUUACAGGAUCUGGAAAGGUCAAGGCAAUUGAAACAAGCCGUUGGGUUGGAUAAUCUAUUAUACACUCCAGAUGCGGACUUUUCCUGCUUUGCAGACCUUGCACUUGCAUCCCCAGAAGAUUAUUAUAUUGAGGGGCAAGGUUCACUGCUCCAGUGUGUGCUUACACCUGGUGAUCCCUAUAUGCCCUUGCCAAAUGAUGAAAUAAUAAGAAGAGUCGAAAAACAGGUUUUGGCUUUGUUCCCAUCUGCUCAAGGUUUAGAAGUUACUUGGUCUUCUGUAGUCAAAAUUGGGCAGUCACUAUAUCGUGAGGCACCCGGAAAUGAUCCUUUUAGACCAGAUCAAAAGACCCCUCUGAAAAACUUCUUCCUUGCUGGCUCCUAUACAAAACAGGAUUAUAUUGAUAGUAUGGAAGGAGCAACAUUGUCAGGCAGGCAAGCAGCAGCCUAUAUAUGUGAUUCUGGUGAAGCACUAACAGUAAUGCGGAAGCACAUCAGUACUAAUGAAGCUCAAGAAAUCACGGAAGCUGGCAAAAUCACUGAUGAGUUGAGUUUUGUCUGAGAUUGCAUUUCAUUUGUCAGGCACCAAAAAAAAUCUAAUCAGAUUACUUGGGAGACGGUGGGCACUAGCAUUAUUGGUAUGGAAUUUAUUCUUGUAAUUUGAGGUGUCCUUUUGUUCCCCGAGCUGUUCAUUUUUCCAGCAAAAUCAAUGAAAUUAUAUAGAAAAUGUGUAAUAAACUUAUUUUCAGGCCUUCUCUGAAGGUCUGCUAAUGUCAAAAUGUAUUAUUCAGCAGCAAGUUA